AUGUCCUUCUCCUUUUGCGGCAAACUGCGUCAUUGCCGACGGUCGUUCCAUACGACAAAUUGUGCGAAGAUGACCUCAGAGCAGCUCCUCGCAACGACCUCUCGCUGGGUUCAAGACUGGGUCAUAGCACAACGUUUAUGCCCCUUCGCCAAGCCGUUGAUUGAGAAGCGAACUCUGCGUCUCCGUGUGACGAAUGGAGGGGACGUCGAGAGGGACUUUGAAAAUGAAGCGAGGCGGUUGAUGGGGCUCAGCAAAGAACAAGAACAGCAAGGGACGGCGAUUGAUGUUGAGGACUAUCGUGUAAGUAUUUAAAGAUGUAGGUAAUCUAGUACCGAGGUUUUUACUUGAAUGAAGAAGAUCAAGAUUUGAAUUUUUCUAAAUAUUAAUGCAUAGAGAAGAAAACCUAGCUGGCAGGCUGACCUUCAAAUAAAACGUCGUUAUAUGUAGUAUUACAAGAGAUAAUGAGAAGUUGUACUGGAAGUUCAAUCAGAAGUACCAGUAACUUUUUUGGCGAAUACAUGAUGAUCUCAAUCUCAUGGUACACACCUCCUUAUUCCCUGAAAUGACCUCAUAUUACAACAGCAAGGCACGGCGAUCGUUGACUAUCGUGUUGGUGAUCGAAGGGACGAGCUCCUGCGGAAAGACUCUGACGACGCUUCUGCCAGUAAUUGUCAACUCCCAGCAGGACAUCUUCUUCACCCUCCUGCAGGAGAGUCCUCACUCCUCAUUUGCCAACCAGGUUCGGGACUCGAUGACUUCUGGGAAUUCGAACGAAAAAGUUACCGUCUAUGCCAAAUCAUGUCAGAAAAAUUACACCUCAACGAACAACUACAAAUUGUUUUGUUCCACCCACAGGCAGUUCAUGAUCGAUAUAGCAGUUGGCACGGUGGGGAUAUUAUGGAUAGGGCGUCUUGUGAUAUGAUAGAUGAAGAGCAGAACCUGAUGAAGCCGGACGAUGAGGGUUCUGCAACAACUGGCUGUACUUCAACUUCUGAAGAUGAUAAGCUGCAUAAAAAGAUGUACUACCAGAAGGAAACGUGUAUGCUUCCGCUAUUUGGUAACCUGAAUUUGAUCAUAAGAGAAAACAAGAAGAGAACCCUUGUGAUCAAAUUCAGGCUACCAAAUACCGGAACCAUUCAAAACGACAGCGACAAAUGGAAUAAAUGGUGUAGGACAAGAAGACCCACGCAAUUUCACAAUUCGGAGUCCAUUUCCGACAUAUCAUUUGCUAAGAGAGAGUGACGUUCUAGCAGCAGUCCAAAGCGGGUACCCACAGCCGGAGGAAAUUCCCGCUAGAAAUGCUGCUAGAUUCCGAAAAAAGGGGCUCAAAGUCUUGAGGGAAGAAUGGCGUGGGAUUUCGGAAUUUUCGUGUCGUUGAUGUGGAAUCUAAUGUAGUGCAAAGAAGGACGCCUAGCGGACUCAUAUUUUCCGGUGCAAGGGAGAGAGUGCGUUGACUUGGCUCUACUUCCUAGAACUAGAACUAGAACUAGAAGGCACCACAAGGAAAUUAUUACAGAUGGAUACGCUUACGCCUAGGCCUAGUAAGAUGAACGGUGUUCGUAGCUCUAUCUUCCUCCGUUCGAAUAUCGAUCGCAGGUUUUGUCCUUGCGGUAUUAGAAAAAGGCUCUCUGCCGAAUAUCGAGAGUAGCUCUGGUCUCCUGUGUCAUAUUUUUUUCGAAUGUUGCGUACGGACACGGCCUCGACCUCUUCUGCGACAGAUGGUGUUGCUGUGGAUGUUGUCGAAGGAAGCGAUCUACGACUAGUGAGCGUUUGAACGUGAACGUAAGUAAGUAUGAAGAUAUUCUCAUCGAUCUAGCAAAUUGUUCAAUUUUGCCACACACGAUCAGGACUCCCCCCGCAUUCAUCGUUUUCCCUCUACCUCCACGUUAACUACGUCAACCCUUGGUGGAUGAAAGUGAUCUGCUAGGAAGUGCCACUACACUUCUUCGCGAAAAGAAAGAAUUUUUGCAAGAGGGCGAAGGACCAGGACACUUAUUUCCCAACCAGGUCAGCUCAAAUCCGACCUUGAUGCUCCUCCUGUCAAAUCCGACCUUGCUGCCUGGAGGGAAUAUGCUAUCAUCCAAAGCAACUGCGACAAGUGAGGACGAAGGUUCUCUGACUACAAGUUCUCUGACUACAUUCAGCUCAUCUUCUACUUCUCGCAGUAGUUCUAGUUCCACAAGAAGUCUAUGUUGACUUGUGGAGUCGAAAACCAACGCCUCCACAAGCAAAGCUACUCAGAGAAUAAAACGAAACUUCGCUGUCACAUUGACUCGUCUACAGACCUGAAUAUGACUGAAGUAGAUGUCGGAUGUCCUUCACUAUGUUAUACAACUUGAAGAAGUCCUCACAUCAACAUAGAUGUGGAUGCUUCCGGUAUUCUGUAACCUGAAUUUGAUCAUAAGGGAAAACAAGAAGAGAACCCUUGUGAUCAAAUACAGGUUACUUACCAAAUACCGGAGCAAUUCAAUGAUAGACUUAGAUAGAUAUCCUCAUCAGACACCCGCAACACCGGUUCUAACAUUCCGUCGCCAUGGUUGAACAAUAUUGUUCUAUCUCUCGUCCACACAUGUGCAUAGAUGAUGACCACCCCAAUAUCCGAAUAUCGUUCUAAUCUUCCCGUCUACUGGCAUUCCUAGGCCCUAAACCCUACUGGUGGUGGUGGUGCUGAUGGUGGAAAUUUGGAGCUCGUGGAAUAUGAAGGUGACCACCAACAUUGCUACCUAACCUAACCUAACCUAACCUAACCUAGGAAGGUGGCCACCUCCUGUAGAUCUGUACGUACUGGUGGUGGACGAGAUAUAGAUGAGGUCGCGGAGUGAGGCCAUAACUACCUUUGCUGUUGGUGGGAAAAUGAAACCUGUUUUUGGAAUUUUCCGGGAUCUUCUGAAAGUGAAGCACAUUGUCGAGGUCGAUUAGGCAAAAUCAUUACAACCUAUCAAAGCAUUUCUAAUGUGUAACAUAACAAAGCUAUGUGUAAAAAAGGAACAGUCUACUUCCUAACUGUAGGUGUAGUCGUAGAGAAAGAUAAAAUACAGGACCACGACCGUCGACCACUACUACAAAAAUUGCGAUCUUCUUUGAGAAUAUUGAACACUUUUGUAAGAUGAUAGCAGCAUCAUUGAUGAGCAUAUCCAUAUCCCACAUUAACAUUUCCAGAGAAGCUCCGGGUCCGGACAACUACAAGAUAGAUGUUGAGUACUCAGAAAAGAACUCCUAUGAAGGACUAGAAUUGAAGAUGUUGAUGAAGGUGCCACUUUUACUACUCGCUCGUCCACAUGUAAUCAAUCUCAAUGUGAACGUCGAAGUCUCGCAAGCUGUCUCG